AGACAGGUACUGAACUCAUCAGUCCGGUUCUGGUGCAGACAUGGCACAGAUGUACUGUUGGGGGGACAGCUCCAGUGGACAGUACGGUCCACAGACAGCCCUCAGUCCGGUGCUCUGGACUGUUACUGGGGUCAUUAAAGACAUCUGCUGCGGGGACCAGCACACUUUAUUCCUCACCAGGGAUGGAGAAGUUUUAUCGUGUGGACACAACGCACGGAAACAACUUGGACGAAGUAAACAUAAGGAUGGAAGGACACCAGGUCGUGUGGAGGGGCUGGUUGAUGUGGUGUUGAUGGCUUGCGGUCAGGACCACUGUGUGGUUGUGUGCACAUCUGGAAACGUGUUCUCCUGGGGGGAAGAUGAAGAUGGACAGCUAGGCCUGCCGCUCAAUCAGCUGUGCAAUAGAGACAGACCAAGUCGGGUGCCCAUACCAAUGCCAUUACCAGUGAUUCAAGUUGCUUGUGGAAACUCCCACUCCCUGGCGCUGACUAUAGGAGGAGAUGUCUUCUCGUGGGGUUCAAACAGUCACGGUCAGCUGGGCCACGGGAAGGAGGUGUCAAUGCAGUACACACCUCUCCUGGUGUGCGCUCUGACCGGCAUUGCUGUGACGCAGAUUUCCGCCGGAGCGACCCACACUCUGUUCCUCACACUCCCAGGCCUGGUGUACUGCUGUGGGGCCAAUAAAUCUGGCCAGUUGGGGCUCAAUAGGGUGGAUGAGAAGGGCAGGUUCAACAUCUGUAUGGUACCUGCUCUCAGACCCCUGGGCGUCUCCUUCAUAAGCUGUGGAGAGGCACACUCUGCUGUGUUAACAAAGGAUGGCAAAGUUUUCACUUUUGGAGAGGGGCGCUACGGUCAGCUGGGUCACAACUCCAUUGCUCAUGAACUGAUACCCAGACUGGUUAAAGGUCUGGACGGACCCGCUUCACAGAUUUCAUGUGGCAGACGUCACACUCUAGUUUUGGGCACCUCUGGCCAGCUGUGGGCUUUUGGCAAUGGGGCCAAGGGUCAAACUGGGACUGGAAAAUCAGAGGACAGUCUGACUCCAACCCUGGUACAACUUCCGUCGACCACGGACAGUGCACCAGCUAUACCCAAAGCAGACUUAAAAAUAUCGGCUGGCUGGAAUACGAACUUCGCUUACACUUCACCUGCACAGAGUUUGAACCGAAGGCAGAUAAAUGGACGGCUGGAGGAGGCAAAACUGCAAGAAUGGCUGACAGCAGAAGACAAAGACCCAGAUGCUGUGGAAGAAAUAUGUACAAUGUUUUUGACAAGUUCAAGUCUUGUUGCAAGUUUCACCAAGGCCAAUGGGCCAUCAGAAGCAGGUGCCACAACUGUGGACGUUGAAGCAGCGAGCCGAACUUUCGACCAGAUGGUGGCAGUGCCGUGGAUCAAACAAACAAUAAUCCUUAAAGUCCUGAUUGAUUUGCUUGCGGCUUCAAGAACUUUCCUCAAGUCACCAGAGAUCCUCCUGAUUUUGCUGACGUGUCCGCUUCUCCAAGAAGACUCUAGUGUCAUCAAAGACGUGCUGCCGUUGGCUUAUAUCAUCACAGAUAUGAAUGAGAAGAAUCGGACAAUGCUAAAAGACUGGUGGUCCUCCCUGACACCCUCCAUGUUCAUGAAGCAGAUCAUGGUCUUCAAAAAAGCCCUGGCCUUCAUGCUGACAAAUGGCCUCUUGGAAACUCACAACCCAGGAGUCAAAUUCCUACUGGAAGCCCUCAAACUCCUCUACAAAGCAAACAAAACAAAAGGAAAGUCCUACAAAGUCCCGCUGAGCACCUUUUACGUUGAGGAAAUCAGCAGUCACGUGCCGCCAGUCAAUGUUUGGUCACACUUUAAUAAAGUGGAGGAUGACGAGCACACACCUGCUAUUUUCUGCCGCUACCCAUUCCUGUUCCCUCUGGAGUGCAAGAUGGUGGUCUUUAACGUCUUUUCAUACAUAACGAAGAAAGCGCAACAUUUACUUUAUGAAUGGUCUUUGUGGUGGCCUGAUGCAUUUUUGGACAACCCCCCAGACGGUACCCCAGCUCCGGUCUUUCAGCUAACUCUGAGACGAACUCACCUAGUGGAGGACACCUUCAGACAGCUCGCUGCAGCCGACCACGCCGCCUUCAAAAGGGAGUUUGUGGUGCAAUUUGUGGAUGACAGGAAGGUGACGAAUGUCAACAAAAGGGACCUCUUCCUGCAUUUGUACGAUGAGCUGCUAGCUCCAGAGUCUGAAAUGUUCAUGUACAACGAGAGCAAGACUCUGGCCUGGUUCCCUCAAAAGCCAAAAAAGGAGGAAAAGACUUACUUCCUGUUUGGCAUCUUGUGUGGCCUGGCUCUCUACAACCACAACAUCAUCCACAUGCCCUUCCCACUGGUUCUCUUCAAGAAGCUGCUUCGCGUCAAACCCUCACUGGAUGACCUGAGAGACUUUGAACUUGUAGUGGGAGAGUCUUUGCGGUGCAUGCUGGAGGAAUACACUCCUGAGGAAGUCGAAAGCAUGGAGACUACUUUCACUGUGACCUGGGGCGGUGAGACAGUUGAUCUUGAUCCGACAGAACCCGAGAAACCCGUCACAGCAUCUAACAAGAAAGAGUUCGUAGCCGCCUUUGUCAACUACGCCUUCAACAAAUCAGUGGAGGGAGUGUUUGAAGCAUUCAAGAGAGGGUUCUUCAAGGUGUGUGAGAUGGACGUGGUGGACUUCUUCCAGCCGGAGGAGUUGCAAGCUGUGAUGGUGGGCCAGGAAAACUACGACUGGGAGAUCUUCAAGAAGAACACGGUCUAUGAAGGAGAGUACCAUGCCGAGCAUCCAAACAUCGUGACCUUCUGGGAGGUGUUUGACAAAAUGACAGUAGAGGAAAAGAAAAAAUUCCUUGUGUUCCUCACAGGCUGUGAACGCGUACCCUUUGCGGGUAUGAAGAGCAUCCAGAUGACAGUCGCUGUCUUGCCCGAUGCCACUGACCUCCACCUGCCAGAAGCCCUCACCUGUCAUCUUCUGUUAUUACUGCCCAUCUACCAGAGAUACCCAGUCGAGAGGACAAUGCAGACCAGGCUUCUUCAGGCUCUUAAUCACAACAGAGGCUUCUGGAAAAUCAACACUGCAGACUGAAGCUGGAAAGGCUUUGUGUUUUUCUGUCUAUGUUUGUGUUCAUAUUAUAUUACAUUAUCAUAUGAGUGUCACAAAGUAACUCCUAUUAUAUCAAUGGCCUUAACAGAAAUAGUAAGUUGUGAGUAGUAAGUAAGCAGUGCACUUUAUUAGUUAUUCAGCUAUUACAAGGAGUUAAGAACAUGCAUGGGUAGGAAAGAUCUAAAUGAAGUAACCGACACAAACCAACAGGUCCAGGAUGUAGAAAUAAAAUCACUGAUUUUCAGAUUGCGGAUGGAAUUUGUGCCACAACUUCAAAAUCUUUUCUACCUCAAUUAGACCAGACCAGUGCCGCUGCUUUCAGUCACCUCUUUUAAGAUAACCUCACGUCAACACUUUAUAUCAUAACACUAUGAGCAUCAUGUACUCUCUCAUGUUCAUGUUAUACAAGCUUCAACUGUAAGGAAAUAUUUUAUGGUUCCGUCAUUUACCAAAAAAAGUUUGUUUGCAUUAUUUUCUUGCUGUUUGUUUAAAAUAAAUAAAUAUCUUUGCCUGCCUUA